CACUUGGCACACCUGCCAAAACAGAAGUUUGCAUGCUGAGGUGAGCUGGUGGGAGCUGUGGAUGGGAUUUAGUCACAGCAAGCAUCCCUCACCCAGAGGGAAGACGGGAUACAAUGUUCUAGAGUGAGCCUACUCUAAUCGAGCUACCAAUUUGGCUCAAGGAGCCUUGUUCCACUGAAGGAUUUAUGUAGCUCCUCUGCUCCAAAUAUAAAGGGAUGAAAUGAUGAGGUUUCACCAUCACUCCUAAGGGACCUCACAAGUCCCUCAAUACAGAAGAAGCGAGAGCCGCAGUUGGGUAGCAUUUGUUCAACUCCGCAACAAGAGAAGGCGUAACUUCUUGGAAAAAUUCCACAGAAAGGAAAUGAAUAAUCAAUAUAUGCGAAGGGAAGUCUUCUGCUGUGAAACCUGUCAUGAUCUUAAAAGCUUCUGGGAAAAAGAAAUUGGCAAGCAAACUUGCUAUCGGGAAUUGGAAGAAGAUCGUCAGGGAAAAAGUGCCCUGUCAAAGCUCAGAGAUGAAUGGAAGCAGAUGUUGGAAAAAAGGUUAAAGAUGCUGGACAAUCCUGAUGAGAAUGAAAAGCCCACCAAUGCCAACUGAAAACUCCUUACAUUUGAGAGAAUAAUGAACUGAAGUCAUUUAUCUUUGAGAAUUCAGUGCAAAUGCUUGAAUUGCUUUGAUUAACUAAAUGGAAUGAGUACUGUUUGUUUUCCCAUUUGUGAGGGGAUUAGAAUAUGAAACCUCUUCUAGUGUUAAUGGAAGCUAUUAACCAAUCCAAUAUUCUGUGUAUACAUAACCUCAAAUAUAUCAAAGAGCUCCAGAUUUAACUAAUAUAGGCAGUGUUCUGGAUUAGCACUAUAUAAAAGUUUCAAACAUCUGGGCACAAGAAUUCAUUUCCAUGUAAUUAUCCCCUCAUUUUAAAAUUGAAAUCCUUUACAUUUCAAGAACACCUAAGUGCCAGUCUUAAUGGUAAUGUCCCUAACAAUAGAUGAUAAUUCUAUUUUUUCCUUUCUCCUAGACAAUUAGAUUUUUGAGAUUAUCUU